ACGCAGUUUUCUAAAUUACUUCUUCGUCAUCUCUCUCGUGCGGGUGUGUAUUUGUAUUUAUCAACCUCAUGCCUCAACUCAACUUGUGAUCGCACUCCUCCAUCGUCGUGAUCGUCGUCGUUGCAUUGUAAAGAAUUGUUUUGAUUCACAAUUCCACACGCUAUUUGAGUUUCCGAAUCUCCGAAUACACCAAGUAGUUAGUAGACUAGUAUCGUGCCGCAGUCCGACAGUGAAAGAUCGUUUUCGUCCGUCUUAGUUGACACGUGAACAACGACUCCAUUUUGUUUCGUCUCCCUUUUGGAGUUGUGCAGAAUUUUCUCAAGAAGAAAAAGAAGAAGUCUAUCGGAUCGGGAGGAAAAAUCUCUACAUUCAGUCAGCAUUGAUCAUCUAACAGUGGCAGAUCUAGUUUUUUGGACAUGAGUUUUCAUUUGAUGUUGUAUCGAAGCUUUUAAGCUAAAACGAAUCUGAGUGUCUAUUAUCCUUCACAUAAAAAGCUUUGUGAAGGAGUAAUAGUCAGAAUAAGGAGUUAACAACAACAAACCAAAACGAAAAAACUCCACAUAAAAUAAACGAGAUAACAAACCGGAAGCAGCACAUCCAUUAUGGUUUGGCAUCAAAUGUGCCACCACCAAAACCCAAGUCACAGACCGCUGAUAGCUGUUAUCGCUGUAGCUAUACUAUGCGCGGCAAUAUUAAAUGAGGCUGCUGGUCAACAGCAUGGGCGACGUGAUCGUAUUCGCGACAAACCACUGCGGAAGCAAUAUACCAAAGAGCAGUCAUGUGAGAAGGGGUCAUGUUAUCCGGCAACGGGUAAUCUACUAAUUGGACGUGAAAAUCGUUUGGAGGCAUCUUCAACAUGCGGUCUAAAUGGACCCGAAAGAUUUUGUAUUGUCUCCCAUUUAGAGGAGAAAAAAUGUUUCCUAUGUGACACACGUCCCGAGACCGAAGAAGAUCCAUUAAAGAAUCAUCGAAUUGGACAGAUUGUUUAUACCACAAAGAGAGGAACACGCACUCCCACCUGGUGGCAAUCGGAAAAUGGCAAAGAGAAUGUAAACAUUCAACUGGAUAUGGAAGCAGAAUUUCAUUUCACACAUUUAAUCAUUGUAUUUGCCACUUUCCGACCAGCUGCCAUGUUGAUUGAGAGAUCUUAUGAUUUUGGAAAGACCUGGCAUGUUUAUCGUUACUUUGCCCAUAACUGUCAUGAGGCGUUCCCCGGCGUGCCGAUAGUUUUGAGAAACAUCACAGAUGUAGUUUGUGACAAUCGUUAUUCGGGUGUAGAACCUUCUAAAAAUGGAGAAGUUAUCUUCAGAGUGUUGCCACCGAAUAUGAAAGUAGAGAAUCCCUAUGCUCCUCAUGUCCAGAACAUGCUUAAAAUGACAAAUUUGCGAAUCAAUUUCACUCGGUUGCACAAUUUGGGAGAUACUUUGCUGGAUGAUCGUCAAGAAAUUCAAGAGAAGUACUACUAUGGUAUUACCAAUAUGGUUGUUCGAGGUUCCUGUUCAUGUUAUGGACAUGCUUCGCGUUGUUUGCCACUCGAGGGUACAAUGGUCAAUGAAGUGGACAUGGUACAUGGUCGUUGCGAGUGUACGCACAACACCAAAGGUCUCAAUUGUGAAACUUGUGAAGAUUUCUACAACGAUCUGCCAUGGAAUCCAGCAUUUGGCAAGCAAUCUAAUGCCUGUAAGCGCUGUGAGUGUAAUAACCAUGCUUCGAGUUGUCACUUUGACGAGGCGGUAUAUGAACGUUCAGGAAAGAUAAGCGGAGGUGUUUGUGACAAUUGUCAGCACAACACACAGGGUCAACACUGCGAGGAGUGUAUGACUUUCUUCUUCCGAGAUCCCCGUGAAGACAUCCAGAGUCCGUAUGUUUGUAAACCUUGUGACUGUGAUCCAGUUGGAUCACUCGAUGAGGGAAUCUGUGACUCAGUUAACGACCCAGAAAAUGGAAUUGAAGCUGGUGCUUGUCACUGUAAAGUAAAUGUUAAAGGACGUCGUUGUGACAUGUGCAAGGAUGGAUACUGGAAUUUGACCCCAGAAAAUCCAGAAGGAUGUCAAUCAUGUACUUGUAAUACAAUGGGAACAGUCGAUAACUCUGGUUGUAAUAUGUACACAGGAGAAUGUACCUGUAAGCGUUUGGUUACUGGCAAAGAUUGUAACCAAUGUGCUCCCGAGACUUUCGGCCUAUCUGCAGCUGAAGAUGGUUGUACACCGUGUGCAUGUCACGCUGGUGGUUCGUACAACAAUUUCUGCGAUGUCAUAAGUGGUCAAUGUCAAUGUCGUCCCCAUAUGACUGGCCGAACCUGUAGCACUCCAAAACAAAACCAUUUUAUCCCACAACUCCACAUAGUCUAUGACGCUGAGAUCUCCGAUGAAUGUGUAACCUAUUCGAAUAAUGGAAACUGUACUAGAGUAUCCUAUCAAACUGGUGGAGGUGAUCGUCAACCUGAUUUUACUGGUACCGGCUUUGAACGAGUACCGGAAAACUCUCAAAUAACAUUCACCGUUGAUAAUGUGCCCAACACAAUGCCAUAUGACAUUGUUAUUCGUUACCAUACCACGACAAGGGGUGAUUGGGAAGACGCUUAUAUAACUCUAGUUCGUCCAGAUGAGAUUGAUGUUAAUGGAGCCUGUGCUGGGGAGCAUAUUUCGUCAUCAUACGAAACUCGAGUGCCAUUUAGCUUGCCAGAAAAUCAACGAGACGUGGUAGCACUUAAGGAUGUUUGUCUUGAAGCUACAAAAGUUUAUAAAUUUAGAAUUCGAUUUGAACAUCAUCGUCGCAAUGAAGACAAUCCAGCUGCUCAGAUUUUAAUAGACUCCCUGACACUCGUGCCACGUUUAGAGAAGACACAAGUUUUCAAUGGAUCGCCAAUGGCAGAGAAUCGCUUACGUGAAUAUAAUGACCUCGGAUGUAACCAAUCUUACUACAAUCUUCACUAUAAUACAUUGGCUCGAGAACGUUGUAAGGAAUUCCUUGAUAUUGCCAGUAUUUCGAUUUAUGAUGGUGCAACAAUGUGUAAUUGCAACCCAACAGGAUCACUUUCGAACAAGUGUGAUCCAUAUGGCGGAUACUGUCAGUGUAAACCAAAUGUCGUUGGUCGUCAGUGUGACCAAUGUGCUCCAGGAACUUAUGGUUUCGGACCUGAAGGUUGCAAAGCUUGCGAUUGUAACAGUAUCGGAUCGAAAGAUAACAAUUGUGACCAGAUCAGUGGGCAGUGUAUUUGUCAUCCCAACACUUAUGGCCGUGAAUGUAACCAGUGCCAGCCAGGAUAUUGGAAUUUCCCUCAUUGCCAGUCUUGCGAGUGUAAUGGACAUGCACAGCUUUGUGAUGCCGCCACCGGUCAAUGUUUGAAUUGUAUGGAUUCCACAACCGGAUAUCAUUGUGAUGCCUGUUUGGAUGGAUACUAUGGUAAUCCAUUCUUGGGCAGUGAUAUCGGAUGUAGGGCAUGUCGAUGCCCCGACACAAUGGCAAGUGGAAAUUCUCAUGCUUCGUCGUGUGAUCUUGAUCCAAGAAAUAAUAAUAUGGUUUGUCGAUGCCAAGAAGGUUACGAUGGAGCAAGGUGCGAAAUAUGUGCCGAUAAUUACUUUGGAAAUCCAGAAGCUCCAGGUGGAGAAUGUGUUCCAUGUGAUUGUAGCAAAAAUACAGAUCUCUACAACACUGGCAACUGUGACAGGAGUACAGGAAAGUGUCUAAAGUGUUUGUAUGAAACAACUGGAGAUCACUGUGAGAUAUGUCGUGAUGGUUUCUAUGGCGAUGCUCUGAGACAGCGGUGUGACAAGUGUGAUUGUGACUUUUUGGGAACAAAUGGAACCAUUCAACAUUGUGAUCGUUUCUCAGGACAAUGUCCUUGUUUGAAAAAUGUCAAAGGUCUUCGCUGUGACGAGUGUAUAGAAAACCAUUGGAAAAUUGCAUCAGGUGAAGGUUGUGAGGCAUGCGCAUGUGAUCCAAUUGGAUCGGAAUUGGAUCAAUGUAAUCCUUAUGAUGGUCAGUGCAGAUGCAAACCAGGAUUUGGCGGGCGACAGUGUAACCAAUGUCAAGCAACAUAUUACGGAAACCCCAAUAUCGAGUGUAAGGCAUGUGAGUGCAAUCCCCAUGGAGCAGCAGACUACCAAUGUGACCGAGAAACAGGCAAGUGUAUUUGUCGUGAAGGAAUUGGCGGCAAGAAAUGUGAUGAAUGCGCUCGAGGUUAUCUAGGGCAGUUCCCAUCUUGCUCGCCGUGCGGAGAGUGUUUCAACAAUUGGGAUUUGAUUUUAACUGCACUUGAUGAAGCAACAAAUGCAACCAUUGAACGGGCUAAACAAAUCAAGAUGAUUGGUGCCACAGGUGCUUAUACAUCGGAUUUCAAUGCUUUGGAUCAAAAGUUACAACGAAUUCGAGAUUUGCUUUCAAAUACGACAAUCAGUUUGCAGGAUAUUGAUGGCUUGGAUAAAGAAACAAUGGAAUUGAAGAAUAAACUUCAAGAAUCACAUGACAAACUAAUGGAAACCGAAAGUAAUCUGGAGAAAAUCUACUCUGACUUGUCUUUGUCAUCAGUGCAAUUGGAAUCACUUCAAAAUCAAAGUGCUUUGGUGAAGAAACUAUCCAAAGAGCUGAAAGAAAAUGGAAUACAACUGCAAGAGUCAAAUAUCGAAGGGGCAUUAAAUCUAACAAAGAAUGCAUACGAAAGGGUCCUUGGAUUAUCGAAAGUGAAGGAUGAAGUAUUGGAAUUGAGUGCAAAUAUUGAAAGAAACAGUAAACGUGUAGAGACACUGGCUAAUAAAAUGAACGAUGACACAAGUUCGGUAGAGAUAAAUGAUAACAUGUUGAGAGACUAUCGAUCUCAAUUGAUGAACUUAUCGGCUGCAAUCCCAGAUCUUAACAACGAUAUGUGUGAUAAGCGAGGUGAUCCUUGUGACAGUUUGUGCGGUGGAGCUGGUUGUGGAUCUUGUGGAGGUUUAUCCUGUGAAGCUGGCGCUCUAACACGCACUGAAAAAGCUCUUAAAGUUUCUAGAGACACCGAACAGGCAAUCAAAGAGAAGAAAGAAGCCGCUGAUCAAACUAUUCGAUCAUUAUUCCAAGCUAAGGUAAAUGCAUCUGAAGCAUACACAAAGGCAAAGGGAGCUUAUGAAGAUGCCGAGCGGUACUUGAACAACACUAAUGAAAAUAUUAAGACUGGCGAAGAUGUUAUUCUGAGACUUAACAACUAUAUCAACAAUAACACAGCUUUGCCAAAAGAAAGCAAAGAAUUGGCUGAGAAGACUUUGAACUUGGACUUGAAACUAGAUCCUGAAGAAAUUCAGAAACUAGGUGGUCAGAUUAAUGAAGCUGUUGCAUCACUGAAUAAUGUCGAAUCAAUCAUUCUCAGUACCACAUCGGAUCUGAUGCGAGUAAAUGAGCUACAACAAAUAGCCAAUGCCACCAAAGCAAAGGCAACUGAAAUUCUCGAUACAGCUAAUGCAGUUGUUAAGAAUUUGGAUGAUGCUGAUGUGUCACAGCAAAAAGCCCAAGAAGCCAUUGCCAAAGCCAAUUCGAAUAUCGAACUUGCCGCUGAUGAUUUGAACGAAAUUGACCAGGAAACUAAAGAAGCUGAAGCUCCGGCAAAUAGUACUGCUCAACAAGUUGAAGAGCUGGCAAAGAAAGUUAGUCGCUUACAAAAGAAUAUUGUUCGCAACGAAGUCGAUGCCAAGGAAAUAAAGAAAGAAGCCUACAAAGUAAACGAAUCAGCAGAUAGUUCUUUGACACAAGCCAAAGACUUGCGAUCAUCUGCCCAAAUUGCCAAUCGAACUUUAACCGAUCGUGCUGCUCGAUCAGAGAAUGCACGCGACAGAGCUAAAAAAUUGUUACAACGUGCAUCGAAAUUGACUGUCGAUACUAAUGAGAAGCUUCAAGAGUUGCGACAAAUGCAAGAGACAUACCAUCUGAAGGAUGAACAGCUUGAAAAGCUGAAGAGUUUAAUGAAGCCUCUUAACGAUGAGAUGUCAAUUUAUUUGAAAAAUAUACAGUCACAAGCUGAUCGUUAUAGGUCAUGUACCAGUUAAAAACAAAAAAUCUAUAUUAAGUUUUCAAAAUUUUCCACUUCGUUACCAGUUACUUAAAAAUAAAAACAAAAAAACAAACCAUUUGCUUGUUAGCCACUCUUAAGCCAUAAGUCGAAAAAUAUAAAAAUUAAGUUUAUAUGUAACUCUUGUAAAUAUGAACAUAUAACUUUUUUUUUACAUAGAAUUAGUGAUGAUAUGCAAUAGCAAUUUUUUUUUUUACUGAAGAACGGAUUAACUUGAUGAAAAAACAAUGUCUGAAUCCAUGUUAAUUUAAGAUCUAAUAAAAAAAGAAAAAAAAAAACAAACUUAUAAGUGCCUUGAAAUUAUAAUAAAAUUAUCUUCAAUAUAAUGUUUAGUAUUAUGUCGUAGUUUUCAUAAAAAAUUAUGUGAAAUACCACAGCCAUAGAAGAUAUAAUAUACCCGUACACAGUUUCUUUAUAAAAUAAUUUAUAUUAUAAUCUUUUUUUAUUUUUUUUUUGUCAGUCUAAAAACCAAUAAACCACCGCUUUGAGAAUGAUUUUAAUUUUUUUUUUAUUUUUGUGAAUAUGCAUGCGAAAUAGAUAUUGUACUUUAACAUGUUUCUUUUUA